UUUGUCCGCCAAUGGUUGAGACAGCUUCUUGUCUCCCAGCAACCGAAACACACAGCGCGUGCGCAGUGCUUAAUCGUUUGCGCUUGGACGAUUGGGAACUGAAAGGAGCAGAUUCAGUAUCAUCAGCUGUUGUUGAAUUAAGGCUCCUCAAGAAAUGCUGAGAGGUAGGAUUAUAAACCAUCGACAACAUGUUGGACUGCAGAAACUCUCAGCAUUGGCAGGAAUCAUGCAUUCCUCGGUGGGCCCCAAUAAAACGUACAAGUUUAUCCAAGAUGACACGACUGGAGAAUCAACUCUUGUGUGCUCAUGCCUGCGCAUCUUUGAGAACCUGGAGCUGACCUGCGCAGUGGGUCAGCUAGUUUAUGAGACGAUUCGAACCCACCACAGGGUCUAUCACACAGGGUCAGGAUGUCUUCUGUUUCUUGCAGGAGCAUGGAGUCGCGCUGCUCUGGAGUGCCUUCAGAGAGGGAUUUCAGUAACACACAUCAUUUCAGUUAUGUCUGAGGGAAUGGAUAUAUGUUUGGAUGUUUGCAGUAAAAGCAGCAUCUCAACUGAAGGACUUGGUGUGGAGCAAGCAGAGAGCUGUAUUGCACCUUCCAUGGGACCUCACCUCCCAAAGAAACCCAGUGCAGAGGUUUCACAAACAUCGUGCCACCUGCAAGGGACAACAAGACUUAGUCACAAGACUCUAAAUGCCAGUGGACAAAGGAAAAUAAAGCUCAGCAGACAUUUCUGUGGAGAUGGAUCUGAAAAAAUCUCUAAAGUACUGCAAUCUCAUGAGCCAAAGCAUCCUGACAUUGCAGACAUUGCUAAGGGACUGAGUCAUGGGUGUGCUGAUGCAAUGAAUUUAGUAGUCGAAGCAAGCCGAAUACUGUCAAAAAAUAAUCAGCGAGAUGUCGGCUGUUCCACUUUUGACAUCACUAAAGUGGUGACUUGUGUGCUACCUGGGUUACCAGAGGAGCAUGCAUGUGUUUUACCAGGCUGUAUUGUUUGCUUAUCUGCUGAACAGGCUUUAGUUGCUUGUCACUUACAAGAACAGCACUUGAAGGUUGCUCUAAUUAAUGGAGAUUUAUCAGAUACCUAUCACCAUCUUGGUUUUACUAAGCCAACAGGUUUAAAAAGUGUGCGUGACCAGUCAGCUUUGUCAAAGUCACACAAAGAAGAAGGGUGGAUGGAAAAGGUUGCAGCACUUCUGCUGAAGCUGGAAGUAAACCUGAUUCUAGUCACUGGGCUUGUUAGUGAGAAAGUGAUUCUACGCUGUUGUAGACACCAUAUACUUGUGGUGGAAAAAGUGAAGGCUUCCGUUUUGAAGUCAUUUGCUAAUGCAACAGGAGCCUUUCCAGUCACUUAUGCUACGCAGCUGAGUAAGCACUGUGUUGGCACAGGGGGGAAGGUUGUGAUAUGGAGGGACCUCAGCAACAGUGAUGGGAAGCCUUCAACAACUGUGAAUAUUUCCACAGGUGGGAACAGCGAGUUGGUCACAGUGAUUCUCACAAGCUGUGUAUAUGGCAAGCUGCAGGCACUGGAAGACCAAUUUUGGGCAUGUGCUUAUCGUUUACACCAUGCGCUGAAAGACAAAUCCCUUCUGCCUGGUGCUGGAGUGACAGAAAUGCUUUGUAUUCAUCACCUUCAAAAGCAAGCAGAGCGCUAUGUCAAGCAUCACAGAGAGAGAAAUGGGGACUCUGUCCAGCAAACCAAAAGUGGAACAGCACCUAAUCCAUACAGGGGUGUAGUGUUGCACCUCAUGGCAGAUGGCUUAAUAGAUUACAUAUCCACUGUAAUGGUUAAUACUGGAAGGUUUUCGAAAGUCAGAGCCAGGACUGUGGUGAGCCAACAGCUGCAGGGCUGUGACGAAAGCUUAGGCAUUGCUGUAAAAUUUUCACAACUUUACUUGGAAGGUGAACGAAAUGAUAGUGCAGUUUCCUCACCCCUGAAGUCCAGUGAUGCACUGACAGUAAAGAUCUACGAUAAUCUGAGUGUGAAGCAGGAGGCAUGGAGAAGAGCCUUAGAUCUGGUUUUUCUGGUGUUGCUGGCUGAUGCAGAGGUCAUCACAGGCACUGAGCAAAAAAUUGAUUGUGCACAGGAAAAUUUGAUGCUGUUAUGACCCAGCAUCUUGGGGAAUUAAUUGACUGUGUUUUGAAAUUGUGCUUAAAAUAAGAAAUGACAGUGUUUUAUAACUGGUACAAAGUAAAAGUAGAAUAAAAUGUGUUUAUAUUCUUUA